AUGGCUCGAUACGACUAUUGGCCGAGAUAUGGACUCGAGAAUUACACAUACGUGCUUCCAUUUGAGGACACCUUUGACUCAAUUAAAAGCACGCGUUGGAUGCAGAACAAUUGGCAACAUGCAGCCACUUUCUCGGCCCUCUACGUUGGGGCGAUUUUUGGAGGAAAAAAGAUAAUGGAAUCACGAAAACCAUUUGGAUUGGAUGGAUCACUUGUUGCUUGGAAUGCGAUGUUGGCUAUCUUCUCAAUCUUUGGCUUCAUUCGUAUGACUCCUGAAUGGAUAUGGUCUUGGGGAGAUAAUUCCUUCGAAUACAGCAUUUGUGUCGCCUCGUAUGCGCAAGGAGUCACCGGAUUUUGGACCGAGAAAUUCGCUCACAGCAAGGUGGCUGAGCUUUUGGACACCGCUUUCAUUGUUCUUCGAAAACGGCCACUGAUCUUUUUGCAUUGGUAUCAUCAUAUUACGGUUUUAGCGUACACCUGGCACGCAUUUAAAGACCACACCGCUUCAGGACGUUGGUUUAUUUGGAUGAACUAUGGUGUCCAUUCUUUCAUGUACACCUAUUAUGCUCUUCGCGCCGCCAAAAUUCAUACUCCCAAAAUUGCUGCCAUGACAAUCACAGUCUUACAAAUCCUUCAAAUGGUGAUGGGUGUCUAUAUUGGGAUCACUGUCUACGCAAUCAAGACUGCCGGUCGUGAAUGUCAACAAACUUGGGAAAACAUUGCCUUCUGCUUCGCCAUCUAUUUUUCGUAUUUCUUGCUUUUCUGCAACUUCUUCUAUCAUGCUUAUCUCAAGAAAGGAAAUCGUUAUGCAAAAGUCAAGAAGACAGACGAAAAUGGAAAUGAAGCAACAGCCACCACAAAGCAAAAUGGUCAUUCAACGAUAGAACACGAGGACAAAUCCGAGCCAAUUGAAGAAAAGCGAAUCACAAGGAGAAGAGUUCAAAAGGCUGAU